CGAGCCAAGAAAAAAAAUAUCGGCGCCAAGUUAGUGAAGAUCCAGAUAUAGAUAACUUAUUAUCCACUCUGUCUCCAGAGGAGAUGGAGGAGUUGGAAAAGGAGCUGGAUGUGGUGGAUACGGAUGGGAGCAGCUCUGGGGAGCUCAGGGAGAAAAAUCAGGCUGAAAACAGCUCACCUGGUCCUCAAAGUUGUGAUCCAGUGCUCAACCACUGCGAGAAGGACAACAGGAGGAUUAUCCAGAGGGAGAACUCCGUAGAUGAAAGCAGGUUGAGCAAGAAUAAGGGAGACAAGAAUGAAGAAGAAAAGGUAAAGGAACCUCCUUCUAAAGACCUGGAGAGGAAAAAAGACAGCAAAGGGGGAAAAGACUCUAAAAAGGAGGAAAGUGUUCAGAAAAUAGACACCAAAGGGAAAGCUGAGGCUGAGCCCAAGAGCAAAGAAGACAAAGUCAUCAAUGAUAAAGUCAAGGCCAUGGAGAAGAAGCUGCUGGGGAAGGACAAGAAGGAGGAAGAGAAGGGUUCGGCCUUGAAGAAGGACACAGGGAAGGACAAGGAGGAGAAGAGCUCAGCAUCCAAGAAGGAUGAAGGGAAGGAUAAAAAGGAGGAGGAAGAGAAGGGCCUGGAUUUAAAAAACAAGGAAGCAGGGAAGGAUAAAAAGGAUAAAAAGGAGGAAGAGAAGAGCUCAUCAGCAAAGAAGGAGACAGAGAAGGACAAAAAGGAAGAAGAAAAGGAUUCAGCAUCCAAGAAGGACACAGGGAAGGACAAAAAGGAGGAGGAGAAGAGUUCAGACCCAAAGAAACAGGCAGAGAAAGACACAGGGGGAGAAGGUAAGAAUGAAAAGGAGGAAAAAAAAGAGGAAAAGGGAUCAGCUGGGAACAAAUCCAAGGCAGAGGAGGAGAAACCCAAAGCAGAGGCAGAAAAGGUGGUGGAGAAGAAGCAGGAGGCCAAGGCUGGAGCUGGCAGCAGCCCCUCCAAGCCCACGUCCACAGAUCAGGCCAAGGAGGAUGAAGCCUCCAGCAUUUUCGACGAGCUCAUCGAGAAGGUGAAGAACAACGACGCUGAGGUCACCGAGGUCAAUGUCAACAACUCGGACUGCAUCAACAACGAGACCCUGGUGCGCUUCACCGAGGCCCUGGAGUUCAACACCGUGGUCAAGGUGUUUGCCUUGGCCAACACUCGUGCUGAUGACCACGUGGCCUUUGCCAUCUCCAUCAUGCUCAAGUCCAACAAGGUGUUGACCAGCAUCAACCUGGACUCCAACCACAUCACAGGCAAAGGCAUCUUGGCCAUCUUCAGGGCAUUGCUGCAGAACAACACCCUGACAGAGUUGAGGUUCCACAACCAGAGACACAUCUGUGGGGGGAAGACAGAGAUGGAGAUAGCCAAGCUGCUGAAGGAGAACACCACAUUGCUGAAGUUGGGCUACCACUUCGAGCUGGCAGGGCCACGCAUGACUGUCACCAACCUGCUGAGCCGCAACAUGGACAGGCAGAGGCAGAAACGCCUCCAGGAGCAGAAAUUGGCCCAGGAGAAGGGCGAGAAGAAGGACCUCCUGGAGGUGCCCAAGGCUGGAGCACUGCCAAAGGGGUCACCCAAGGCAUCCCCACAGCCAUCACCCAAGGGUUCCCCCAAAAACUCUCCCAAGAAAGGGGGAGCACCUGCUGCUCCACCCCCACCUCCUCCUCCACUUGCUCCACCAUUGAUGAUCAAUGAGAACCUGAAGAACUCCCUCUCUCCAGCCACCCAGAGGAAGUUGGGAGACAAAGCACUGCCAGGCCAGGAGAAGAACUCACGGGACCAGCUCCUGGCAGCCAUCCGCAACAGCAACCUCAAACAGCUCAAGAAGGUGGAGUUGCCGAAGCUGCUGCAAUAG